AUGCCAGCCGCCACUAACCCUGCAGCCGGACUCCCUCCAGGACUUCAGCCGUCCAGUAGCAAUCAGAGUUCCGUUAAUAAUGGAAACCAAUCAAACGGAGCAGCCGAUAUCGACAGCUUCGGCCUCAAAGGCAUUGUUCUGCUUUUAAGAAUGGACCAGACGGAGCAGAACCUGUUUGCAUAUGGCCAAGACAUCCAGCUUCUAGGCUUCGAUUUGAAUGAUGAAUCUAGCAUUUUGAAAAACAUGGCAUCUCCCUGGCAAGAAACCAGCAGGACGGAAGUUGAACCAUACUUCCUGUUACCUGAAUCAAUCCAGCUGUCAACGAUAGUGCCACCACCAGAACCCUGUGACACAAAGAUUCUGUCAUUCGCCGACGAGACACUUUUUUACAUUUUUUACACGAAGCCUCGUGACACUUUACAAGAAUACGCUGCCCGAGAGCUAGUCGCCCGGAAUUGGCGUUACCAUAGAGAUAUCCAAGUUUGGCUUACCAAGGACUCGAACGUGGAGCCAGUGCUUAUUAGUCCAGACGUGGAGAGGGGUGUUUACAUAUUUUUUGACCCACACAAUUGGGAAAAGAUCAGAAAGGAGUUCGUUCUACAUUACUCCUCCGUGCAAGCUUAG